AUGGUGCUUGAUGUCGUCAAAAUCGUGGAUUCACACAAUAGCGUCAAUCUUGUAGCCGCAUUCGCAAAGAUGGUGGAGGGGAAGGCGAACCAGUCACGCUGCUUUGACCAUGUUGUAAACCUUGUGGCAAAGUUCCUCCUGCAUCAAUUUGAUGUGCUGAAAGGCAAGGCUGAUGAGGUGCUCAAUGAUGCCAAGGAGGCACUGCAUGACCUGGCCAAGGAUCUGGACAUGGAUGUCCCCGAGGGUGAUGAUGAUGAAGGAGAAUGUGCAGAAGGACUGAAGGAUGAGCGAGAAGGCUUGUCACCUGAGGAGAUUGAGGAUCUUGAAGAAAGUGUGCGACCUGUGAAACUCAUACUUAUAAAGCUGCGCAAGAUCACAUGUGCGAUCAUCUGCUCAUCCAUGAAGCUUCUCCUUGUGUGGUUGAAGAUCAUUACCACAUUCAAGAUGGCCAAAAACAAGAUCCUGCGAGAUGUCAUGACUAGAUAG